GCAGUGUGUGCGCGGCGCAGCCCAGAUCGCCGUGUGAGCGCAGCGGAGAGUGACAAUCAGCUGCGGACUCCUCUCCAGUUUGACUGAGCUGCUCGGCCUUGCCCAGGAUGUGACUGUCUGCUCAGUAGCGACGUGUGUGCAGUGAAUGAAUGGCAGCGGCGCUGAACGGGAGACACUUGGCUGUUUUUUGGAUUCUUUAAAGCCCCACAGAGACGAUGGAAGCUGGACAGUAACCUGCAGAGCCUAAGUGGUGAAGAUGCAGCACACCUCAUGCACAGAGGACCGGAUCCAGCAUGCUCUGGACCGGUGUCUGGACGGGUUGAGACAAAGCCCCACAGCAGCAGACCACUGGAACGUGCUGAUGUGCUCGGCGGGUCAGUCCAUGAACCGUUGGAGUUUGGAGGAGCUGGUGAAGAGAGACCCUGAGAACUUCCUCAUCCUUUUACAACAGAUCAUCAGGAAGACAAAAGAGGUUCAGGAGCAGUGUCAGUACGAGCUUGUGGCCCCCCUCGCCAUCAUGUUCUCCUCAACACUUCUGCAGACACCCUUCUGUCCUCUAGACACAGAGAUUCUGGAGGAAGCUGUUGAGGUGUUUUGCUGCUUCCUCACAUGGCCCGAACCUUACAGCAGUGUGUGCAAGGAACUCCUCUCCACUCUACAGCUGGAGAUCAAAGUCCCCGGAAUUUCCUUUCAGCGACUGGUCAGAGAAGAACAGGGCCUUAACACCUCUGACCAAAGUUCAAAAACUAUCACUGUGUUGCUGAUGAACCCUGGCGAGGUUCCUGCUGACUUUCUCACUGUGGCUGAGCAGCUCAGUCGCAUUCAGCACUCGCAGAGUGAAACCUACAUCACCUUGGUUAAGCAUGCCUUCCAGUCUACACUAGGCACCAAAUACCCUCUGCAUAGCAUCCACAGAGCCCUAAAGGCAAAAACUGUGAAUGAGUUGGAGGAGAUUUUCUCUUUGGUGAGCGACCUCUUGGAGAUGGCUGCUGCCAUGAGUGACCCGCUGCAGGCGCGUAGUCAUGUCAUCCAAGGACUGGAGAAACUGAGGGAGAGGCUGAGAAUUCCUGCAUCCAAUGGGAGGAAGUCUGACGGAAUGCUGCAGACAUUACCGUUGCCCACGCCCAAAUGUUACAUGUUUCACUGGGAAAAAGAUAAUUUUGAUGUUCUGAACACCCUUUUGGAGCAUCAAACCAAUGACUUGGCCACAGAUGGACGGACUUUGGGGGAAACAGAAGACGACUUUGAUGAUGACGAGCAUGAAGUGACAGAAACCGAUUUUGAUGAAGAGGAUGAAAACAAAGAAGAGAGACAUGGAGUGGAUUCGGCUUCGAUGUCCAUCAUCCCUAAUGACUACAGCAGCAGCCAUCGGGCCUCCACCUUCUCCACCAUCUCCUCGCUGUCCACAACCUCCAAAGACUCCAUGUUCUCCACGUUGUCCGUAGCCUCCGAGUCCUACCCUCCCUCCCUCUUCUCGGUCACUUCUGGAAUUGAUAGCGACUAUUUUGAAGAUUCUGAUGACUACAUCUGCUCUUCUCCUGUAGCUGAUAAAUGUUCCCCAAAGUCUACCAAAACUUCAGCUCGUCUCAGCCAGCACUUCUACCGACUCUUUAUAAAGCCCAAAAACCCUCGGCUGCUUUCCAGAGCCAAAAGUUUAGGAAACAGUGAAUCAAAAGACCUAUUAGUGGUUCGAGAAACACGAUCCAAUUCGCUUCCCCAACAGGUCAAGUUAUUUAGUCCUGAGCCAUUUCUUAAGUCACAAAAUCAAACUCUCAGACAUGUUUGCUUUCGAAGGAGGCCUAUUCUGAGCAGUGACGAGGAUGGUAAGAAUACUACAUUGAGGGUGGUGGUGUUUGGUGCUGAUCAUGUGGCAGGGAAGGUGGCUCGAGCCUACAGUAGCCUCAGGAUGAAGGAGAGCGCAUGUCCACGUCUCAGCAGAGCCUUCAAGCUCCAGUUUUACUUUGUACCUGUGAAGAGGGACUUGGCAGGAGGAGAAUCAGGACAUCGGAGGGCUUCAGGUCCACUCAUACAAACUGGAUCUCCCAAGAAAGCAGCCUUGUGUGACCUUAACAAUGCGGGCAGAGGCGACAGCACUAAUGACAUUGCACACCUACUUGGCAUGCUGGACCCGUGGUACGAAAGGAAUACCCUCAGCCUGCUCAAGUUACCUGCUAGUGUCGUCUGCAAGCAAACCUCAAAGACAGAGUCUGAGUCCUACGAUAGUUCGUACGAGCAGCGACUACCUAUCCUGGCCGACUUGGUUCUGUACUACUGCCGCUAUGCUGCUCGGCCAGCUCUCAUCCAGCUUUAUCAGGCCGAGUUGACGUUAGCUGGUGGAGAGAGAAGGACUGAAGUGUUCGUCCACUCCCUGGAGUUGGGUCACACAGCCGGAACACGAGCCAUCAAAGCCAUGGGCGCUGCAAGUAAACGCUUCGGCAUCGAUGGCGACCGAGAAGCAGUGCCUCUAACACUGGAAGUGAUGUACAACAGGGUGGUUAUUAGUGGAAGAAGCCAAUGGAAAAGAGAAACCAAAGUCUGUACAUCUGUAAACUUAAUCAAAGCAUGCAAAAACCCUGAGGAACUAGACUCAAAGAUGGAGUGCCUGCAGCUCACCAUGACGGAGGUCCUGAAGAGACAGAACGGUAAAAGCAAGAAAGGCUACAACCAGCAGCUGAGUGUGACUGAGGUAAAGGUGGACAAGGUGCAGGUCAGCGGGGCUGGAAACACAACGUUUGCUGUGUGUCUGGACCAGGAUGAGAAGAAAAUACUACAAAGUGUCACCAGGUGUGAAAUUUCAGUGUGCUACAAACCUGAUAGCUCCGCUGACUGGAGGUUGAGGAAAUCCCGGACCUCGGCUCAAAUCCAGCCUCUCAACCCCACCUUCUGCUCCCUCCUUUGUCUGCCUAUUGUCACCUUUAGUGGGGCUCUUCCCUGAGACGGCGGACCAAAGGUUUUUGUGGACUGGAAGAAAAGACCCCUUACUCUGUUUGUCAAAAAUCUUACAGACUGCAGAAGAAAAGCACAUGGGGUGGAUCUUUAAACAUUUCUGUCAUCUUUAAAGCUGUUUUGGCCUUAUAAGGCAGUGUAAUGCAACAACUGGAAACAGAAGGACUUGCACAGAAAAAAUAGCUGACAUGUUCUCAGUGAUAACACAUAGCAAGCAGUCCCAAGAAAAGCGUGACUGGAGACAAAGAGUCCUGCUGACGCCGAGUAUAGCUUCUUCUAUACAAUGUAGUCGUUCAGUGUUAUUAAGAGAACUUUUUACGUGUAAGUCUUCAGGUUUCAGUUCUUCUUUUUGCCUUGACACAUGAAACUGACUUGACCACAGUAGCAUGAGAAUGUGCUACAGUCAAUCAGGGUGAGUGUGUAAUAUCUCAGGUAAAAUUGCAAUAUAAAUGGCCACACCACUGCAGUGCGUUGUAGUAAAUUAGGGUCUUACAGAGAGACAGACAAGAAUAUUUCUGCUUAUAUUUUUGCUCAACAACUGUGCAAAGGCUUCUUGAGGAGUGACUAACAGAUUAUUUGAUAAUAUCUGAGAAUGGACACUAUAGAUGUACAAUAUGUAGAUGUCUUGCUUGUAAAUAUUAUUUUAUGUACUAUAGCUUCAACACAAUAUAAAUUUUUAAAGUUUUAUUGAUAUUGAUAUAUUUCCUCACAUUUCUAGCCGCAGUUAUAAUAGUGACCAGCAGAGGGCUCUGUUGACUUUUUCAUUAAACUUCACCUGAAGCGCAGGUAAAGAUCACACUGACUUGGUGAAACUUGCCAUAAAGUCUCAUUGUGUAUCUACUCUAACUAUAUCUUAUGGAGUAGCAUCAUCUGACUGUUGAAGCACUUCAUCAAGGACACAGAUGGAAAAAGUGGUGCUAUGCUAUGAAAUGCAUUCUGAUGUACAUCUUCCUGUUUAACAGAUUAAUUGCACUUUUCAAAAUGUAAACAGUGACAUUAAAAUUUUGUAAUUUUGGUGUUGUGAAGGGAUCAUAUCCUGAUUACUUGAUUUAAAUUAAGAUGCAGCCCCAAAUGAUAAAAUAUGUUGUGGAAAUUGUAAUCUUAGUAUUGAACUUGGUACUUUUUUUAAACUUUCUAAAUAAAUGUCUGACACCAGUCCCUGUCCCAUACAGGCUUUCUCUGAUAGCAAUAUUAAUUAACCCACAACAGGAUAGACUACAGUGAUAUAUCAUGAAUGUAUGACAUCUAAGUAGAAUCAUACAAUGUUAAUUCCUUUUUUUAAACAAUUUGAAUCAAUGUCUCAAUAACUUAUUAUGUUUUAGGUGUUGUCUUGGUGUGAUAAUGUCAAAAUAUGAAAAGUAUGAUUAAGAGGAUUGUUUAAAUACAGGUUGUCGCUAAACCAGAACAUUACCGGUUGAUUCAUGGUUCAGACACAUGGUUUAAAUUUUUCUCCUUUUUUCCAGUUAAUCACCUUGUUAGAUAACAGCAUGUUUUGCAAUACAU